AUGGUCCGUUCUAUAUUCGUUGCGGCUUUAGCAGCCACAUCAGCUGCUAUUACCGCCAGCCAGGAAACCAACAACCAGCCGCUGUUCACGAUCGAGUUGGGACCUGGUGUGACGCAGCAGGUAACUGAAGCUGAGAAGUUGGCCCUCAAGUUUGAAGGGAAGACGUUUAUCGAUAUCACCAACCGAAAGAACUUUGUACAAUCUGUGUCAACAGCAAACACUGCUCAAACCGCAGCAGUAAUAUACCCCAACUUACUAAACCAGACAGACACUGUUCACGGUCUUAUUUCCAAGCUUAGCAAGGAUAAUAUGCAAGACAAGCUGACGACUCUCUCCGAGUUCCACUCCCGAUUCUACAAUACCACUUGGGCUAAGGAUGCUUCCGACUGGUUUCUUUCCGAGGUUCAGGGGAUCAUUACCGGGAGCGAAGCUAAAGACGCGACAGUAAAGCCAUUCGAGCAUAAAUGGGCACAGAACAGUAUCAUAGCUACGAUUCCCGGCAGGUCCACCGACAAGAUCGUAGUUGGUGCCCAUAUAGAUUCCGUUAACCAAGAGGGUUGGGAUGCUCGAUCACCUGGUGCUGAUGACGACGGAUCAGGAUGCGUGACAAUCCUGGAAGCUAUGAAAGCUCUUUUAAGCGAUCCCCUAAUUGCAGCAGGGGAGGCGGACAACACGAUCGAAUUCCACUGGUACUCGGGUGAGGAGCUUGGCCUGCUUGGUAGCGGUGAAAUAUUCGACUCGUACGCUGCCGAUGGAGUUGUUGUCAAGGCGAUGCUCCAGCAGGAUAUGACGGGAUGGGGAGACAAUCCUAUGGGUGUUAUAACCGAUUAUGUCGACCAGGACCUUACGGCUUUCAUCCGCCUAGUCAGCGAGUAUACUGAUAUCGGCUACGUCGACACACAAUGUGGCUACGCCUGCUCGGACCACGGAUCCGCUACUGCUGCCGGUUACCCAGCUGCUUUUGUCAUCGAAUCCGACAGGCGGAUUUCUAACGAUAACAUCCACAGUGCGAAGGAUGCACUCGACACCAUCAACUACGACCACAUGCUUGAGCACGCCAAACUUGUCCUUGGUUACGCGUAUGAGCUCGCUUUCGCUCCUCUAUGA